AGAGCAUCAAUCAAGGAUUAACUAGUCCUGUGAAUCUUUCUGCUUUCUAUGUAAUACAGGCUCAAGCUAUACCGUCAAAUCUCAUUACGCAUGGCAUCAAUAGUUAGGUCUGAGACGGGCGCGACGGAAAAGUCUGUGAGUCCGUCUUCAGCGGCGGCCUCAGGCCCGCCCCGCCCGAUUGACGGCCAACGCUCGCGACAAUACCCUGCUGUCCCGUACUUUAAUGUUGAUGGUGACGACGUGGACAUGGGCUUUGGAUACCCGUACGAAAGAGAAACGCUUCGCCGCGGUGAGAUCAAGAGAAACCUUGUGAUUGAUCUGCCCAAGCUCCGACAACAUGAGGAUUCAGAUGCAGAGCAUCUGCCUGUCGGGCCGGCCAUUAUCUGGAACGCCAAAGUCUACCAGAGCCUAGGAAAACCUCGCGACGAGGAUCUCCACUUACACCGACCUGACCUGACUUACAUCGAUGAUCGGCCUAUUGAGUUUUCCAUUGGCUUUUCUCCCACGAAGCCGCCAGUUCAAACAGAUGGGGAUGUGUCACAGCCCGAGGCGUGGAAAGGACCCGUCAUAACCAUUGAAACUUUUGUCCAAGCGGAUAUUGAUCAGGAUAGGCUAUCGGAAAUGAAGAGGCUACCGGAAAUAGUGGCUUCGCCUUGCCUUGAUCUGUUGAAUCCAAAGCAUGUUUCCCGACGACAUCUAGUGGUAGAAUCCCCGUUCCUUGCUGAGGGCCUCAGUGACCUCGUUGAAUAUUAUCCGUCAUUCCAUGAGAUGUUGUUGGAUGAUUCAAAAGGAGGAGAGCUGAGGAUUGAAGAGCCCUUUGCUGUUCUUUUUCACCAUUUUGACGCUAUCGCAGCCAUGGCCAACGAAACUAACGGUCCAACGGUUUGCAACGCUGAGGAUGAACUUAUGGAUAAAGGAACGGACUUGAAAGUCGUACAUUCACAGCAUUUGAUGAAAUUUCUCAGGCCAAUCUACACUGAGUCCAUCCUAACAUGUCAAAAGCACCUUUCCAGCUCCGUCCCGCAGGUCGCGUUUGACAUGGUCUGGUAUCCUCUCAAACCCGGGACAGAUGUCUAUGUACAAGUUGACGGAUCAGCGCAUGCUGCAGUCGUGAUGGGCGUCAGACGAGCUGAUGUUUCUUUGUCCAGGGUGUGGGGGUCCGGGAGUGACGGGUCUUGGCUGGUCGACCUCUGGCGGCUUGAGAGUGAUGGCUCCAGCCUCGGAAGAGGCUUCUUUUCUGCAAGCGUAAACUCUUACUCUGGGCUCCGAGAUGUAGUUAGUCUUCCAGUGUGUCCAGUUUCAAUUUGGGAUGCACACGACGAUGGCGAGCGACGUGGGAGGAUCUUACGCCGCGCUGCAACUUUCAUCAAGGCGCUUCGACGGGGCAAUCUCCUCGUGGAUUACAAGGGACCCAUCAAAUAUACGGCCCAAUAUUACACGGGAAAGGUGGUUAUCGACCAUCGAAGAGGGCGUGCGGAAUCUGACAUCCACCGGACCCUUUCUCCAGAAGUUCGAGACUAUUCAACCCGAUUCCAGGAGUAUGAUGGGAUCCUUAUCAACAAUGAUAGGUCCUUCUACACCACCCAAGAUACUGGAAACCGUCCCCCGAACCCUGUAUCCAGACGGGCCAACAGCAACGACGCCAUGGUUAACGGGGAGGAGAUGCAGGUAUGGCUUGACAAUGUACCUGAGCACCGUCCCCUCGAUAUUAUUCGCGUAGAUAUCAGUGGUUACGUCGUGGAACAACUCACAGAGCACCAACUCCUUUUGCUAUGCCCAGACGCUUUGGCAUAUGGCCUGAGACGCAAGCACUGGAUGUUGAUCUCUCUCGACUACGUUGAAGAGUCCGUGCCAUCAGAGGAGAGUAUUUCUAAUCUGAUUAUUGCCCAGGAUGAGUUGAAGACCAUACAGGCUCUUUCGAAUCGCCAGAAUAGUGAGACAAGGCACUGGUCGGCGGAUUUCAUCGAGGGGAAGGGAUCAGGGCAGAUCAUACUGCUACAUGGUCCUCCAGGAGUCGGCAAGACUUACACAGUCGAAGCUAUCUCUGAAUGGUUGCACAGACCACUCCUUGCUCUCACAGUGGCUGAUAUCGGCACGGUCGAAACACUCGUUGAAGGCGAGCUUAUGAAAUGGUUUGAUCUUGCGGAAGCUUGGAACGCAGUGCUUCUCGUUGAUGAAGCAGAUAUCUUCCUCGAACGACGGCAAAAUAGAGACCUCGCCAGAAACGGACUGGUAUCAGCCUUCCUGCGACGAAUGGAAUACUUUAAAGGUCUGCUGUUCCUGACUACCAACCGCGUUGGACAAAUCGACGACGCCUUCAUUUCACGCGUCCACGUUGCAAUCGGAUAUCAGGCCCUCGACGAAGAGACCAGGCGAAAGGUCUGGGGUGGCUUUUUCCGCAAACUGGUGCGCGAACGUGCUGGCAAGGUACAGAUCGCAUCAGACGCGAAGAAAUGGGUUCUUGAGACCGCCGGCGAGACGAGUCUUAACGGACGGGAUAUUCGCAAUGCGUUGCAGACAGCUAUCACGCUGGCAGAGUUUGAGAGUGAAGAGGAUCCAGAUUAUGAUGCUGCAUUGGUAACAGUUGUCACUAAGGCCCAUUUUCAGAAGGUACUAGAGAUGUGCAAUCGGUUUCGCAGCUAUGUAACGAGCAUUCGGAGGGAAGACGAGAUGAAGCGUGCCCAAGGGCGUGGAGAUCGGAAUGAUUAUGGCAAUGGGUUUGAUAGCAGGAUGUGCUAAUUACUUGUCACUACCGCUUCAACACCACGGUUAUUGGCUCAUGUGAUAGUGGGUUUUCGGAAGCCAGUCUCUGUGCCUCUGAUACAUAUAAAGAUCUUCGAAAAAGGACCAUGAGAACCUGAAGAGAAGAAGUUUGAUGGUAAGGAAGUGUAUUCAUGUGCUUAUGCUGGUGUUGCCAAGCGGAGGCAUAUCUGCCUAACUAGACAUACGACAUACGAAGACAGCAAAUAUCGAGUGCAUGCGAAUAGAGACAAGGAAAGUCAUCUGUUA